AUGGAUGCAAACAAUCUCGGUGUUAUCACUCCCAAAAGACCCGUCCUGUCUGUCAGUGCGAGAAAAAUUAAGGACAACGCAGCAGAUUGGCACAAUUUAAUUACAAAAUGGGAGACCCUCAAUGAUGCAGGAUUUGCUGUUGCUAACAAGAUUGUAAACACAAGAAUCAGUGAAUUGACUAAGGACCCUGAAAUGGAAUUAGAAGGCAGUAGUGAGAUUUCCAGCUCUGACCAAACUCAUCCAGAAUAUAACAAGGAACUUGACUCGUUAUGUAAGGAAUUGCAUGGUGCCUUGGAAAGCAUGGCCAAAAUACAGGCGAAGAUGGAAAAACUGACUUCGACUACAAAAGGAAUUUGUGACUUGGAAACCUUCCAUCGCGAAGUUGAGAAAUGCCCGAUACCCCUCUUCCAUACUUGGCCCACUACCUAUUUUUAUGAAGUUUCACUCAAGCUUUCGGAAAUGUACAGGAAGGAACUGCUCCUCAAGCGCACUGUUGUGGAAGCUAUUGCUCACACGCGGGCGCGGGACCUGAUGAUGACGUACUUGUCCAUCUGGCUGCACCAGCCCUACCUCGACGAGAGCGGCAAAGUGCACUUGGAAAGCAUGCUCUACGAAACAGGACACCGGCCCUAGGGACCCCCUCCUCCUCCUCCUCACCCCACCGCUGGGCCCGUCAGCGGACGGCCCUGGAGGAAUGAACGCAGUUGAGAACGGUGUCAGCUGUCCGUCUGGGGAGCCUCGGCCUGUGGAGGAUCGGCGGGCUGUGCUGUGUGACUCUCACCGGAACAACAUCUCUUAUGCACAGUAAGUGGACGGGCCGCCUGACGUGUUCUAGGUGUUCCGCUGUCAUUUUCCUAACGUGUACAGGUGCAGUUUGAAGCUCAGUACACAAGCCCAGGGCCUUUGCUGCAGGUGAGCGACCCGGCUCUUUUUUUUCGCCAUUCCCGGUUGCACCCGUGCCCUCGCUCCACCCAUCCUGGCUGCUUUCCUCUUUCCCCUGACCACGCUGUGCUCAGCCAACCCUUUUCUUGGCUGCCAUUCUCCCCCCGAGCCUCACCGCCUCCAACCCGAGGCCCACGUUUUCCCCCUGGAAAGCUCGGUUUGUACGAGCCGGCCAGUACGGGUCGUAGGAAAGCGGCAGCCCCCUCCGUGCCAGAAGCCGGCACCUAUUCCCCUCCACCCUGUCACUGUCCUCUUUGCCCUGAUGCAGGAGCAGGUGAGUCCCAACCCCUUUUUAGGCCAGCCACUGGGUAAAGGGAGUUGAGCCCCAGCAGAGCGCUCUGGAAUUUUUUACCUUCUCCUUGGCCAGGUUGGCCCUACCAACCAAGCUGAAGGCUGCUCCUGUACCCCGGAGCAUGCCGUCUCCACUUAGACCCUGAUCAGAGGACACUAGUGGUGGGCGAGACCCAUCCUGGGACGAGGAGGAGGACGAGGAGGGUGAGAAGCAGCAAAGGCCCAUCGUUCCCUCUUCCCGAAAAGGCCCAGGGGCUCCCCAGAGGAAGUGCCGGGAGUAAGGCUCCAUGAAUAAAUGGGAUUUAGUAAGCACCAGACAGUCAAGCCACAACCACCCACUCACUUGGCUCUGCCUUUCAGGAAGGAAGGAAGUGCCCAA